CCCCCAAACAACAGCCCCCGUGUCCCCAGUGUGGACGUGGCAGCCCUUGUUGACGGUCUCGUCGCGUCGCCUGCUCCAUUGCACACCCAACUCCGCGUGUGCCUCUGUCAGGCUCGAUCGGUCCUCGUAAGGUUGUGCGGAGGUCCGCGAGUCGCGGGGUGAUUCGGAGAUAGUCAACCAUGGCCGGGGAGAAGGCAUCGAAACGCCGGAGUAGCGCCGUGCACCGGGACAUGGCCUACGACGAGAAGCUCCGCGUCCUCGACGAGGAGCUCGUGUCCUUCCACCAGUACUGCCAGCAGGCGGGCUUCACGCCCGAGGAGAUGGCGGUGAUCUGCGCGCCGCUCGUGGACUCGGUGCGCGCGGCCAAGCUCCGCUCCGCCGCCAAGACGGGCGCGUGCAUGCUCGUGGCGGUGGGCCUCAUCGCGCUGCUCGCCAGCAGCACGACCGCCAGCCCCAGCCUGCACUUCACUGCGCUGGGGAGACUGGUGAUGAUUAAGGUCCUGCCCUUCUGGGACUGGACGUCCAUAUUCUACGAGUCGUGCUUGGUUGCAAACCCAUUCUUCGGUGCACCGUCCUUUGCAGAAGAAGAUUGCGUGGCCUGUGAAUCUCUAAAGCACGUAGACCGCCUCAGCGACGUGUCCUACGAACAUCUCCUGGACAACUACCUGAGCAGGGACGCACCUGCCAUCGUGGUGGACGCCAUGGAGGCCUGGCCCGUCAUGACCACGGACCACUUCUACUUCGACAACGUCACGCAAAUCUACCUGGAGGACGACAAACUGAUAGACACCGUCCCCUGCAUCCUAACCAGCAACUUGCGCACCGGUUCAUCUGACUUGCACGCCUUUCUCAAACGCAUUCGGAAUCCUUCGGUCGAAAAGUGGUUCGUUCACUGGCAAAACUGUGACAUCCAUGCCGUGAAAGCCCUCCGCAGAAUGUACCAGCGACCAUACUUUCUGUCCAACUCCGUGUCACCGGCCCACUUCAACUGGGUGCUCAUGUCUUCCAACUACAACACCAGCGUGUACAAGAAGGUUGAUCCGGACUCGGGAUUAAUUAUGCUGGCACAGAUAAGGGGAUCCACCUCGUUCCGUUUGACUCCGCACAAAGCCUGCAACACAUCUUGUUCCGAGCUGACUGGCAGCCUACAUGAAGGAGAAAUGCUGGUCUUCACCAACUUCAUCUGGUCAUUUGAGUACUAUCCUGGAAGAAGCCUGGAUAAUGUGGCAAUUCUCACUGAAACAGUGUGGGAUGAAAAGAUCGUCUGAAUGAUAUCUAAAUAACAAAACUAAAAAAGGGCCAUUUUAAUGCACCUCAAAUAAUGAAUCGUCAUUGUAUAGUAGGUAUAACUGGCAAAAGCUGAAUUAUAUAGUAGAUUGGCAAUCAAAAACAGUUUAA